ACACUAGAACCACUGGUUAUCCUCAAUGAGAUCCCCUGCCUCCGCCUUCCAAACUGACUUCGUAUCCGCACAAACUUCGAGCCAAAGUCCAGCAUGAGCGGAGACAAACACCCUGGAUGUUCCACAUGAGUCGGACCAGAGAAACUGACGCCAGCGCUCAAAGUUUGCCUAUAGAAAGCACCGCGACACCGACUGAACAAACACGCAACUUUACGCUUAUUUCUCCUCUUUGUUAACACUUUUUACUUCUCACCUGCCUCUUGGGAUUGCUUGGAUUUGGCGGUGCGUCUUUUUAUGUUUAUCCGGGGAGACCUGUAGUAGAGUGGUCCGCUACAAGGAAGGUGACAUGCAGGUUCUCGGUUGGACCAUAGUUCUCCUCGGGCAGUGGAUCCUACGGAAGGUCCAAGGGUUGGAGAAGCAUGUGGAUUUCUCAGACCUAGGACCAGUGGAUUCAGUGAUGAAGACUCUUCCAUAUGGCAUGGGCGGAGGCACAGUUGGAGGAAUGACAGGUGGAGUUGUUAAGCCUCCAUAUCAAACCCGUAUCUUCUCCACUUCCAUUGAUCAGACCCCCAUGAAAUCCAAACUACCAACCUACAAUUUCUUUAACCCGUACGACUCCGCCCGAAACCAGUCCCUGCUCCUGGACCAGACAGGCUACCGCUCUAAGCGCAAGCCCUCACUUAAGACAGCCAUGAAGACCAAGAAGAUAUUUGGCUGGGGAGACUUCUACUUCAAUGUCAAGACCAUGAAGUUUAGCUUGCUAGUGACAGGGAAGAUCGUGGACCACAUCAAUGGGACAUUCACUGUUUACUUCCGCCACAACUCAUCCAGUCUGGGGAAUGUGUCAGUCAGUAUCGUGCCACCAACCAAAGUGGUGGAGUUUGAGGUCCAGCAGCAGCUACACCCCCACAUGCAGCAGGACAUCCUAAUCCAGGAGACCCAGCAAUCCACCACUGACCCCAAAGAGACAAAGACCUUUAAUUGUCGGGUGGAGUAUGAGAAAACCAACAGAUCCAAGAAGCCCAAACCCUGCCUGUAUGAUCCAUCUCAAACCUGCUUCACAGAGCACACCCAGUCCCACGCUGCUUGGCUCUGUGCCAAGCCCUUCAAAGUGAUCUGCAUCUUCAUCUCUUUCUUUAGCAUCGAUUACAAGCUGGUUCAAAAAGUGUGUCCGGACUACAACUUCCAAAGUGAGCACCCUUAUUUUGGAUAAAUAAGUGAUAGAACAAAGACACAAUGUUAAUGAUGACGACAAUGAUGACAAUAAUGAUACUGAUGGAAAGGACAGUCAUGUCAAUGAUGCUAAAGAUGCAGGGGACAGUUUUUUUGCCUCUAAACUGCUGUGAAUUGUGGAUAUAAAUCAAGUAUAAUCAGAGUUAUGAAUGGUUAAGAUAUGGCUGAUUUCUCUGACUUAUUUUCCAACUUUGUAUCUGUUAACUUCUGUUUUAAUUUGUUUUUUUCUGUAAAUAAUGUAUUUUAUCUCUUUAUUGUUUUUAGAUAUUUGUUUGUCAGUGUUAUUACUUUUUGCAGUUGGAGAAUUCAGUUGAAAGAAUUUUGAAUCAGUAUUAUGCCAUUCAAGAACAAAGUGAGCCUCUUACAGUAUGCAGCUGUGCUGUGCCAUCACUGUAUGGCAGAUAAAAUGUUAUGGUAGACUGACUGUUCAAAUCCUGGAUAUAAGAGAGUUAUAUGUAUGAGAAAUGCUAUGCUGGAUAUGCAUACAAUAUACUGUAUGA